UGUCGUCGAAGGGGAAGUCUCUCUGUCAGUUGGCUGUUGUGGCGCGUGUUGCCCUGGGGGAAGAGACGCCUUUACAGCCUGUCAUUUCACCACUUAACCUUCCUUUCAUAAGUAUAUUAAAAAGAAAAAGAAAAAAAAAAAAGGAAAGAAUUACCGAACAUUUUCAUACUUAGAGAAGAUAAGGCUCCACUAGAAAUGCAGCAAGGAUUCCUAGCACAUCCCAGUUGCCAUAGUAACAACAGUCUUUCCCAUAAUGAGCUGCAUCAUCUGAACUGAUGUCACAGCAUCAUGCAGCAGGUCAAACAAGGCAUCUCCUAGUAUUUCAUCCUACAGAUGUGCUGUAAACAUCAAAAGAAGACGGUGGGAGCAGGAGAUGCUGUUUUGGAAAGAAGUAAGGUUUAGAAUUCUCCAUGUUAACUAUGAGUGUGACACUCUCCCCACUGAGGUCACAGGACCUGGAUCCCAUGGCUACUGAUGCUUCACCCAUGGCCAUCAACAUGACACCCACUGUGGAGCCGGGAGGAGAAGAGACCAUGAAGGACGUAGAUUCUGACCAGCAAUACGAAAAACCACCCCCAUUACAUACAGGGGCUGACUGGAAGAUUGUCCUUCAUUUACCUGAAAUUGAGACCUGGCUCCGAAUGACCUCAGAGAGGGUCCGAGACCUAACCUACUCAGUCCAGCAGGACUCAGACAGCAAGCAUGUGGACGUACAUCUAGUUCAACUAAAGCUGUUCCUCUGCUACGCUUUUCUAAUAUGUCAUCCUGCCUUGAAGCUGGCUAAACAUGGACCAAAACUUCUACAAACUGACAUUUGUGAAGAUAUUUCUGACCAUGUUGAGCAAAUCCAUGCCCUCCUUGAAACAGAGUUCUCUCUCAAACUGCUGUCUUACUCUGUCAAUGUGAUUGUGGACAUCCAUGCUGUGCAACUCCUCUGGCACCAGCUUCGAGUCUCUGUGUUAGUUCUGAGAGAGCGCAUUCUGCAAGGACUGCAGGACGCUAAUGGCAACUACACCAGGCAGACUGACAUUCUGCAAGCUUUCUCUGAAGAGACAAAGGAGGGCCGGCUUGAUUCUUUAACAGAAGUGGAUGACUCAGGACAGUUAACCAUCAAAUGCUCACAAAAUUACUUGUCUCUAGAUUGUGGUAUUACUGCAUUUGAACUGUCUGACUACAGUCCAAGUGAGGAUUUGCUUGGCGGCCUGGAUGACAUGACCUCUAGCCAGGUCAAAACCAAACCCUUUGACUCUUGGAGCUAUAGUGAAAUGGAGAAGGAGUUCCCUGAGCUUAUCCGAAGUGUUGGGUUACUCACAGUGGCCGCUGACCCCAUCCCUUCCACAUGCAGUGAAGCAGUCACUGAAGCAGUAUCUCAAGUAUCUCUCUCAGCAGAGGACAGAGGUGGAUGUGAGGAAAACAGUGCUUCUACAGUCGAAGAACAGGCAGGGUUAACAUCAGGAAUGUCAUCUUCGGGGGAAGUUGUGAUAAAUACUGUUCAGCUCUCUCCUGAGACCAUCAAGCAAGAAUCCAACUCCUACUCACAUCUUGGUACAAAGGAUCAACAGCCUGUUUCUUGUGAAAAUAUAACCCCCAAGCGAUCCAUCAGAGAUUGUUUUAAUUAUAACGAGGACUCUCCCACACAGCCCACAUUACCAAAAAGAGGGCUUUUCCUUAAAGAGGAAACAUUUACUAAUGCUCUGAGAGGCAAUGAGGGCAAGAAGCAGAUGGGUGAUCUUAAUCCUGAGAUGAGCAGAAGCACCCCUUCACUGGUAGACCCACCUGACCGAUCUAAGCUUUGCCUGGUGUUACAGUCUUCCUAUUCUCACAGCCCUUCUGCUGCCAGCCAGUCCUAUGAGUGUUUGCACAAGGUGGGGAUUGGGAAUCUUGAAAACAUAAUCAAAAGUCACAUUAAAGAAAUCUCUUCUAGUCUAGGAAGGCUUAAUGACUACCGUAAAGAGAAAUCGCGACUUAAAAAGUCACACAAGACCUUAGAAGAGGUGCCUCCGUGCCGAACACCUAAACGGGGAACUGAAAACAUGAAGAGCUCAGUAGUGUCAAACGGGAUGCCUUCUUGUACUUCCAAGGACACAGAGGGGCUAGAAACAGAUUCUACUUCCACUUCCUCGGUUGAGCCCGGCAAAUUGCCAGUGCAGUCAGAAAUAUCCAGUUCGCCACCUUUUACUCAAAGCAGUGAAUGCUCUAUUGACUCAGACAACAUCGUGUCUCCAAUACCUCUUCUUGCAAAACACAAAAGCAAAAAGGGUCACUCUUCAUCUCCAAGUCACAUCACCAAGAAUGGCCAGGUUGUGGAGGCCUGGUAUGGCUCUGAUGAAUACUUGGCACUGCCCUCUCACCUUAAGAAGACAGAAGUGUUAGCUUUGAAAUUGGAAAAUCUAACAAAGCUUCUGCCUCAGAAACCCAGAGGAGAAACUAUUCAGAAUAUUGAUGACUGGGAACUAUCUGAAAUGAAUUCAGAUUCUGAGAUCUAUCCAGUGUACCACAUCAAGAAAAAGCACACAAGGUUAGGCAGAGUAUCUCCAAGCUCUUCCAGUGACAUAGCCUCUUCCCUUGGGGAGAGCAUUGAAUCUGGGCCUGUGAGUGACAUUCUUUCUGAUGAGGAAUUGUGUAUGCCUCACUCUGCCAUGAAAAAAUACUUGGAUGAGAAAUCAGGGAGAGUUUCAUCCUCUGAGAAAAGUGCAAGUCAUUCUGCUGCAAAAUCAGCUUUAAUUCAGAAAUUAAUGCAAGAUAUUCAACACCAAGAAAAUUUUGAAGCCAUAUGGGAAAAAAUAGAGGGGUUUGUAAACAAGCUGGAUGAAUUCAUUCAGUGGUUAAAUGAAGCCAUGGAAACCACUGAGAAUUGGACUCCCCCCAAAGCAGAGAUGGAUGGCCUUAAACUGUACCUGGAGACACACUUGAGUUUUAAGUUGAAUGUAGAUAGUCAUUGUGCUCUCAAGGAAGCUGUGGAGGAGGAAGGACAUCAACUUCUGGAGCUUAUUGCUUCCCACAAAGCAGAAGGAUUGAAGGACAUGCUACAGAUGAUUGCAAGUCAAUGGAAGGAGCUGCAGAGGCAAAUCAAACGGCAACACAGCUGGAUUCUUAGAGCUCUGGAUACCAUCAAAGCCGAGAUCCUGGCUACUGAUGUGUCUGUGGAGGAUGAGGAAGGGACUGGAAGCCCCAAGGCUGAGGUUCAGCUAUGCUACCUGGAAGCACAAAGAGAUGCUGUUGAGCAGAUGUCCCUCAAGCUGUACAGUGAGCAGUACACCAGCAGCAGCAAGAGGAAAGAAGAAUUUGCUGAUAUGUCAAAAGUUCAUUCAGUAGGAAGCAAUGGGCUUCUGGACUUUGAUUCAGAAUACCAGGAGCUCUGGGAUUGGCUGAUUGACAUGGAGUCCCUUGUGAUGGACAGCCACGACCUGAUGAUGUCAGAGGAGCAGCAGCAGCAUCUUUACAAGCGAUACAGUGUGGAAAUGUCCAUCAGGCACCUGAAAAAGACAGAGCUGCUUAGUAAGGUUGAAGCUUUGAAGAAAGGUGGCGUUUUACUACCAAAUGAUCUCCUUGAAAAAGUGGAUUCAAUUAAUGAAAAAUGGGAACUGCUUGGGAAAACCUUAAGGGAGAAGAUACAGGACACAAUGACAGGGCACAAUGGAUCAGGUCCACGAGACCUGCUCUCUCCUGAAAGUGGAAGCCUGGUAAGACAGCUGGAGGUCAGGAUCAAAGAACUGAAAGGGUGGCUAAGAGACACAGAGCUUUUCAUCUUCAACUCCUGUCUGAGACAAGAAAAGGAAGGAACAAUGAAUGCCGAGAAACAACUGCAAUACUUUAAGUCCCUCUGCCGUGAAAUCAAGCAGCGACGUAGAGGAGUAGCCUCCAUUCUUCGAUUAUGCCAGCAUCUUCUGGAUGACCGAGAGACCUGCAAUCUGAACGCAGACCACCAGCCCAUGCAGCUGAUCAUUGUAAAUCUUGAAAGAAGGUGGGAAGCCAUUGUCAUGCAAGCUGUCCAGUGGCAAACACGGCUACAAAAGAAAAUGGGAAAAGAAUCUGAGACUUUGAAUGUGAUUGACCCUGGUUUGAUGGACCUAAAUGGGAUGAGUGAGGAUGCCUUGGAAUGGGAUGAAACAGAUAUAAGUAACAAGUUAAUUAGUUUGAAUGAGGAAUCAAAUGAACUUGAUCAAGAACCCCAACCUGUAAUGCCUCCAUUGAAGUGUGAAGAGACAAGUUAUGAGGACCCAGGUUAUGAGGAGGGGGCAGGUGACCUUGGGGGAUCUCUGUAUGCCUCACAUAUCACUGCACCCUCCAGUCCACAUAUUUACCAAGUGUACAGCCUCCACAAUGUUGAACUCUAUGAGGACAACCAUCUACCUUUUCUGAAAAACAAUAUGAACUUUACUAGCAUGACACAGCCCAAUGUUUUGACUAAGAGUCUCAGUAAAGACUCUUCAUUUUCAUCCACCAAAUCUUUGCCGGAUAUUUUAGGAGGUUCCAAUUUGGUAAAGCCUUGUCCAUGCCACAGUGGAGACAUGAGUCAGAAUUCUGGCAGUGAGAGUGGAAUUGUCAGUGAAGGAGAUACUGAAAUGACUACCAACUCUGAAACAUGCUUGCUCAGUGUGCUGGAUGGGUCCCCAAGUAAUCCUGAAACUGAGCAUCUGGACUCACAAGUUGGAGAUGCAGUUAAUUUGUUAAAACAAAAAAUUAAAGACAAAGAAGAAUGCAUUAAGCUUCCAAAUAGUUCUCAGUCAUCCAUUUCACCAGUGGGUUGUGUAAAUGGAAAAGUUGGAGAUUUAAACAGUGUUACCAAACAUACCCCUGAUUGUUUGGGAGAAGAAUUACAAGGAAAACAUGAUGUGUUUACAUUUUAUGAUUACUCGUACCUCCAAGGCUCAAAACUCAAAUUACCAAUGAUAAUGAAACAGUCACAGAGUGAAAAGGCACAUGUGGAUGAUCCCCUUCUUCGUGGUCUUUAUUUUGAUAAAAAAUCCUGCAAAUCUAAACACCAGACUUCAGAGUUACAACCAGAUGCACCACCCCAUGAAAAGGUUUUGGCCAGUGCAUCCCAUGAAAUGGAUCACAACUCAUAUAAAAGUGGCGAUAUGGAGAAGGCAUUCACUGGCAUUCAGAAUGCCAGACAGUUCUCCCUUUUAUCUCGUAGUUCAUCUAUUGAGUCCCUUUCUCCAGGUGGUGACUUAUUUGGAUUGGGCAUCUUUAAAAAUGGCAGCGAUAGCCUCCAGCGAAGUACUUCUUUAGAAAGUUGGUUGACGUCCUAUAAAAGCAAUGAAGAUCUUUUUAGCUGUCACAGCUCUGGGGACAUAAGUGUAAGCAGUGGCUCAGUUGGUGAACUGAGUAAAAGGACAUUAGACCUCCUGAAUCGUUUGGAGAAUAUCCAGAGCCCCUCAGAGCAAAAGAUAAAGCGAAGUGUUUCUGAUAUCACUCUUCAAAGCAGUUCCCAAAAGAUGUCCUUCACUGGCCAAAUGUCUUUGGACAUAGCGUCUUCUAUCAAUGAAGACUCGGCAGCAUCUCUCACAGAACUCAGUAGCAGUGACGAACUCUCUCUUUGCUCAGAGGAUAUUGUGUUACACAAGAACAAGAUCCCAGAAUCAAAUGCAUCUUUUAGGAAGCGCCUUAAUCACUCUGUGGCUGAUGAAAGCGAUGUCAAUGUCAGCAUGAUUGUUAAUGUCUCAUGUACCUCUGCUUGCACUGAUGAUGAAGAUGACAGUGACCUUCUCUCAAGCUCUACGCUCACCUUGACUGAAGAAGAACUGUGCAUCAAAGAUGAUGAUGAAGACUCCAGUAUCGCAACAGAUGAUGAAAUUUAUGAAGAAUGCAACCUGAUGUCAGGACUGGACUAUAUUAAGAAUGAAUUGCAGACCUGGAUUAGGCCAAAACUUUCCUUGACAAGAGAUAAGAAACGGUGUAAUCUCAGUGAAGAAGUAAAGGGCAAUAAAGAUGUAAGUGGUAGUGAGAUGACCAAUCCCUCUGAUACUCUACACAUUGAGACCCUUCUAAAUGACUCCUUAAAAUGUCUCUCUGAAAAUAAUGGAAAUAGUAAGGCCUCGUCCCAUACCCAUGAGUUUGGAACAAAGAGUGAAAACAAGAAAAAUAUUUUCAAAGUUAAUAAAGAUCCUCAUGUGGCAGAUAUGGAAAAUGGCAAUAUUGAAAGUACUCCAGAAAGGCAAAAAGAUAAGCUAAGUGGAAUUUCAAAGGCAUUAGAGCAUCUUAGUUCAAGUAGGAAGAUUUCAGAAAGUGAGCACUGUGAGCAUAAGGCAUCUAUGGAUGGUUCGGAUGAUUCAGAUACCACUGGAAAGGAAUUUGGUCUCCCAAAUGUAAGACAUUUUCCAAAGGAAUGUCCAAAUCACCACCCUUUUGAAAAUCAGAGAGCUGAGUGCACUCCUAUUGAGAUGUCUUGCCCAGAACUGGCUUUAGAAACCAGAGUUAACAACAGACAAGACUGUGAUGUGUCAAAAUCUCCUAAUGAUACAAGUAUGGAUGGGAAUUCUGCUGCUUACUGCCCAGCACUUGAACAGAAUGAGACAGAGGAAACAGCUUCUUGUUGCAACUGUGAGCCAGAUGUUUUCCAUCAAAAACAUGCUGAAGAUUGUUCUGUUCAUGACUUUGUUAAGGAAAUCAUUGACAUGGCUUCAACAGCCCUAAAAAGUAAAUCUCAACCUGAAAAGGAGGUGGCUGCUCCCACUUCAUUAACUCAAAUCAAGGAGAAAGUGUUAGAACAUUCUCACCGGCCCAUCCAUUUGAGAAAAGGAGACUUUUAUUCCUACUUAUCCCUUUCAUCUCAUGACAGUGAUUGUGGGGAGGUCACCAAUUACAUUGAAGAGAAGAGUAAUACUCCAUUGCUACUGGACAUGAUUGACUCUGGCUUAGAUGAAAAAGAAGACAUUGAAUGUUUCUUUGAGGCCUGUGUUGAGGAAGACCCAAAUGCAGAGGAGCCCUGUUCCCCUAGUGCUUCUCCAGAUGAUUCUGCAGUUCCCAGUGAGGCUGCAGUGCCACUACGAGCAAGCUCUGCUAUGUUCAUUGCUACUUCUCUGGUAGUUGAUACAGACAUGGCGGCUCUUUCAAGACCUCCCCCUCAGGAAAGAGCUGACAAUAGAAAAGAAGUAGAUGAUUUGCCCCAAACUUCCAGGGGCUAUGCAGAAAAUUCAGAGUUUAUUCCUUCAAAGGUAGCUAGUGAAAAGGAGAGUUCAGGAAAACCGGGUGAAUCAGGAUUGCCAGAAGAACACAAUGCUGCUUCAGCCAAAUCUAAGUUUCAGGACCUCUCCUUGAAGGCAAAUCAGCCAAAAGACAAAACUGCAUUGCAUCCCAGCCCCAAAUCUUUAACCUGUGAAGAAAAUCUAGACCUCCAUGCAGAACCACAUAGAAAUAUGCAUAGGUAGAAUGUAACUCCCUUCCAAGCAUGAAAAUCCUCUCAUUGAAAGAUAAUCUGACUGCAACUCAGGGUUGGCUUGUCCUCCUGCCCUGGGCUAGUCUCCAGUUUCGUCACAUCCUCACUGCUGUUUGUCAUGUUGACUUUCCCAAGAUGAAUCGACUUCCGAAUGCGGUUUGUCCACAGGAGCCUUGUGAUCUGAAUGUGUGCACUGGUUCUCUUUAGGUGAUCACCUUUGAGGUUCAGCAAAGCUGCUUGUUCUCCCAUGGAUUCCUGUCCCAAGCUACCUCUACCGACCCUCUCCAGCAAGACUUUUCUGUUUGCCUCCUUCCCUCCCCAUCUGCUCUUUAAAGUUCUUCUGUUCAUCCAGUUAAUGGUCCAUUAAACACACCUGUCUGGAAUGAUACCCUGAUCAGUACUUGACCAAUUUCAUGUUUCAAUCUGGAUAUUUUUAUGGUAUGAUGCCCAUGUUUAUUAAAAGAGGUUUACCUAAAAAGCCAACAUUUGAUUUGAUUGCAGCAUAGAGAAGAAACACUGGCCCUUCGUUCAAAAUUAAAUAACUGUCAAAACCACCAUUCUGUUUAUUUAAUUUUAAUAAUAAUCUAUGCAGCACUUCAAGAAACAACUAUAAUAGUGUUGUAUAUUAUAAACUGGUUACAUUCUGCUAUUAAAUUAUGUACAACAUUUUUGGUUUUUAUGCUUCUUGAGGUGAUAAUGAGAAAAGUUGUUUUUUUAAAGUGUGCCUUGCUGUAUUUCUUAUACCAUUUAUUAAAAAGCUGCUUUCAUAAAAUUAUGUUGGUUUGAAAGGAGGAAAUAGCAAGGUUAAGAUGUGUGAAUAAUUUCUGUAUAUAUGUAUAACCAAGUACAAACACUGAUGUAUAAUGACAGUAUAAAACGCUUUCAUGUUUGUAACGUCUAGUGAUGUGGAACAUAUAAGCCUUAAAUCCAUUAGAGUGCAUGAUAAUUAAAAUUGGCAUAAUAAAAAGUCUAUUGGGGGAAAAGGAAAAUUAGUGAUCUCUUCUACCUGUGUCUUUACCAAAUUGUCACAUCUAGGAAAAUAUAACAUGUAGUAGCUUCCAAAAUACGCAAAAAUACAGACUAAGAAACCUUUAUGAUUUUCAAAAUCUUUCUGGCCUCUAGAGAGAUCUUGAAACAAUAAAUGAUGAAAGGCCAGUUCUCCUAAACCAGUUCAAAGUUAUACCAGAUUUUUAAUUUCCAUUUACUAAUAGUUUAUUGUUAGAUUUCAGGAUAUCUUGUAUGUCUUAAUUUAUUUUAAAUAAUUAUUUUAAACAGGUUUGAUAAAAAGAUGGUGUGAAAGUACAGAAAUUUUACUAUUAUUUUUAUUUAGACCAUAGAUUUCAGGUAUAUUUAUUUUGUGUAACAGAAAUCAGCAGAGAAAUCUUCCAUUUGGGCUUCACAGACUCUUGUUAAAUACAGUUUUUAACUGUAUUUAAUUUCUACUAAAGUGCCUGACCCAUAGUAGGUAUUCAAUAAAAAUUUGCUGAAAGGUAUUGAAUAACAUGGAUGACAUAUAUCUUAACUUGAGAAACCUACACUAAAACAUGAAAGUGACUAGAAAAAGAUAUAAUGCAAUAAAAAAUCACCCACAACAUAUCAUCAAUUUAUACCUGAUUUCAAAAAGGGAAAGAAUGUUAGGGGUUCGUGUAGUCACAGAAAUGACAAUCAUUUAUUCAACAGAUAGUUCUUUAACAUCUGACUUGCAAAGCAUUAUUGCAGAUUCAGGGAAUAUGGUGAGGAACAAAGGCCCUACCCCAGGAGGUGUACCUAUAUUAGGGAUAGAGUGAACACACAGACGGCAUGCAGUAGUUGUCGUAGAGAUGAAGAGAGCAAAUAGAAUGGAAAUAAGAACCCUGAAAGAGGGACAAGGAAGAAGAGUGAGAGGGGAGAGCAGAAAGUUUGACAGUGAAGUAUUAGCAGAGCUUUAUUGCAAAGGUAGUAAGAGAAAAGGUCAAUUGAGAGAACUUAGUGAAGGCUCUUUUAGAAAGUUAAAUUGGAACUUUUGUGUGUGGUACGUUAGGUAGUAAGGGAUCCUUGUAGAGUCUUUGUUUUGCACCUGCUUUUAUUUAUAAUUAACUUUAUUGACACUCCACCAAGAACAUUUAAACACUGCUUACCUAAAGUCCUACCCUUUUAAUAACUAUUUUUAGUUUUAUGCCCAUUCUAAUCUUUCCCAUGAAUAUUUCUAAAUGGGUGACUCAUUCUAGGCUUUUGAAUAGUUAGCAAUUUGUUCCAAAAGGGUUGUAGCAGACAUCGAGUUGGAGUGUUCCAGAGGAUUACAGGGGGAAGAGA